UUUCAGAUUGUGAACAAACCGUAAAUAUCCAGGAACGAAUCGGCCACUGAAGGUACGUUCUCCUGCACUGGAUCAAUGGCAACAAUACCAGUAACAGUGCAGUCGUCUUUCAUAGACAGUGAAUUGAUUGAAAAUCCAAACAAAAUAGGAAAAAUUCCUGCCGCAUAUCUUCGACAGAAAGAGCCAACUGGUGGAUGGAAGAAACCCGACGGCUAGGUCAUCUGUACAGAAGGUGAGCCUAAAGGAUAGAGUGGGCGUUCCAUAAGAGAGAAAAAAACAUGUCCCACGGUCGCGACCACAGCAAGCCCGCAUACAAAGUCUACGUGGGCAACCUGGGAUCGGGCGCGUCCAAGCAUGAGUUGGAGAGGGCCUUUGAAGCGUACGGCCCGCUGAACGACGUCUCGGUGGUGCCCAGCUCGGGGUUCGCCUUCGUGGAGUUUCAGGACCCCCGCGACGCCGAAGAUGCCGUGAGAGGGCUGAACGGCAGGAGAGUGUGGGGGAGUCGUGUCCGAGUCGAGAUGGCCACUGGCAAGCGGCAGUAUCACAACCGGUCUAGGAGGCGGUCUGGGGGUUCCCAUGAGGCCCAGCCCCCCUCGAAAUCUCAAAAUAGAGGUGGCAGGUCGCAGUCCCAUUCACCCUCACGCUCCUCCAGCCAAGAGCGGAACCGGUCCCGCUCGCCCGGCUGCCGGCGGGACGAGGACGAGUCUGAGCAAGCCAGGAGCCGGUCGCGAUCACCGGGACCGGAGAGGGACGACCAAGAGCAGCGCCAGGACGUCAACGACGACGGACAUAAGGAUGGUUGAUCCCCUGAGAGGGAAGAAAUGGGUGCGGAGAAUAAGGGACUGGCGUGACUGUUUUCAUCUGGGAGCAUCCAUUCUGUCCAGUGGGGGGGGGGUUGUUGCGGGACUUGGUUUUUCUCAUUUGAUGACCGGGUGUGUCAGCAUGAGAAAAUGUCUCAAUCUUGGACUGCUUGAAUGUUCUGUUACAGGGAAUUGAAGCUUGGGUGAAAACUUUAGUUUGAGCACAAGUCAGUUUAUUUAAUGCGCGAUAUGUGGCAACGGGGACCCCUCUAUUGUGUCUCCUUUUGUGUUGACGGAAUCUUGGAAUUCCUUUCAGAUGGGGUGUGUAAUAGGCACAAUAGCCUUACGGUAUAUAGCAAUCUAAAAGAACGGUUUUCUUCCUAGAAGUGAUUAACUUUUUGUUCGUAAGAGUUACUAGUCUUUAUGUGAAUUUAUAGUGAAAAUUAGUCAUAAAUUUAGGUUAAAAAAACGAUAAUUUUUCAUAAUUAUCCUUUGUCGUAAAAGUGAUAUUUUCCGCUUUCCUUGACUAUUUUCCGAAAAAUUUUCUUACCGGAAGCUUAAA